CGGGUCCCCAGAGCCCGCCCGCCCGCCCGUGACCAUGGAGGCCAGAGCGCUCCGGCUGCUGGUGGUAUUCCUGGUCCUGGGGUCCUCCAGCUGGGCAGCAGCGUACCAGGGCCUGUCGACGAACCUGUGUGAGGUGCCGGCCAAGGACAGAGUGGACUGUGGCUACCCCCACAUCACCCCCGAGCAGUGCACCAAUCGGGGCUGCUGCUUCGACUCCAGCAUCCACGGGGUGCCCUGGUGCUUCAAGCCUCUGCAGGACACAGAAUGCAGAUUUUGAAGCAACGUCCACUGGCCCUGGACACCCCGGGAAAUGACCAUCCACACUCGGGGCACCCUGCCUGUGUCCUCUGCCGGCUGUGGCUCAUCCCUGCUUUUCUCCUACCCUGCUCCCAGCAAGCCCCUUCACUGAAAGCUAGGGCCUGGGGCCUGAUGUCUUAACGAAUAAAGCAAGAUCCCAAACGCAGCGUGAGGGCUGUUCCUCUUUCCUGAGACUCCAUGCUCUUGUGUUUUAUUUCUGCCAAGUGGCUCUCCUUUCUUAGCCUCUCCCAGAUGGGGGUGGUGGGAGGGGGUGCGAGCGCCUCCAGCCCAGGGCCUCCCAGUCCCCCCCCGCCAACCCCGGAGCUGAAAGAUGACCCUCAGUAGCUGCACUGUUUGCAUGAGGAUGUGGUGGGUCUCAGACCAAGCCUGACACCGCAGGGAGGCCCAGUGGUUUUCCAAGUGGCCACCACCUCGUGCAAAUUCAGAAAAGACAUUUCAAAUAUAAGUUUCAAAAAAAAAAAAAGGUGGUUAAUGUCUUCCUUCGUGAAGAGAGCAAACCAAUAAAGCCAUCUUACCAACUGGCA